GCCUCUUCUAGAUAUCCGUCCGGAAGCCAUGGCACCUGGGCGAUCGCCGCCAGAGGAUUUGUCGAAGACAUGAGGGAGAAGGUAAGCGCCGAAGGAUCAGAAAACUUCUACAAAUGUGCCACAAAGUGCGACACUUUUGGGACAUAAAACCUGCGGACAUUUUGCGGAAUCUAGUGCCCCUAAGCUUCAGGAGAGGGCUCGGCGAACCUCUGACAAAUGUGCGGCAGAAGCAUGCUUUUGCGUUUCGCAGUUUGGAGCAGUCUGAAACAGAUCCUCAAGUUUUGCACGACACCCAAAGACCAACGCAAAAGGCAAAACCUUGCACCCGCAGCGCGCCUCUCCUCUGCUACUGUUUCGCCAUUGCCACGCUGCGCUUCAAUUCCACGCGCGCCAUCCGUGGCCUCUAUCUUGGCUGUCUCCCUUGUCGAGAGAGACUCUCUCAGGGCCACCACGUGACGCCCCUC